AUGGGUGCGAUGAAGAGUAAGCCAUGGCUCUUAUUUGUUCUGCUUCUGAUCCUGUCCUAUUACAGAGCAUGCUUCUCCAUAGCUGGUGAUACCCUUUCACCAGGUCAGUCUCUUUCAGGGAGUGAGACCAAAUUAUCUCAAGGUAGCAAGUUUGAGCUCGGUUUCUUCAAACCGGGAACUUCAUUAAAAAUCUACCUGGGCAUAUGGUACAAAAUGUUAGAUCGGAAGGACAUUGUUUGGGUAGCAAAUAGAGAAAACCCGUUGUCUGACCCAUCUUCCUCAAGACUUGAACUCUACGAAGAUGGCAAUCUAGUUCUGCUUGAAGGUUCCUCCAAUAUCCCAGUUUGGUCGACAAAUUUGACACUUUCCCGGUCAAACUCAACUGAAGCAGUACUUGGUGAUGAUGGAAAUUUUGUUUUAAGAGAUAGUUCCAACCAGAAUACUAUCUUUUGGGAGAGUUUCGACCAUCCGACAGAUACAUGGCUUCCUGGUGCAAAGCUUGGGAUCGAUAAGAUUACUGGAAAAUCAAAGCAGCUUAUUUCAUGGAAAAAUUCAAAAGAUCCUGCACCAGGUAUGUUCUCCUUCAGGUUAGCCCGAGAUGGAAGUCAACAAUUUAUCUUGGAGUGGAACAGAUCCCAAAUGUAUUCCAGUUCUGGAGUUUGGGAUGAAAAAAACAAAUCUUUCAGCUUAGCUCCUGACAUGUUGUUGAAUUAUAUUACCAACCCCAGUUUUGUGACAAAUGAAAAUGAAAGCUAUUUUACUUAUUCGAUUAAAAACAGUUCUCCCCAAUAUAGGUUUGUCAUCAAUUCUUCAGGACUGCUCCAGCAACUCUCAUGGUCGGAAAGAUUUUGGGUUUGGAAUUUAUUUUGGUCUCGACCGGUAAAUAUAUCUGAUGUCUAUGGUUUGUGCGGUGCAUUUGGCGUGAAUUAUACGAAUUUCGCAAACCCCUGCGUAUGUUUAAAUGGUUUCGAACCAUUUUCAAUUGAAGAAACGUCCCUGAGUGAUUGGUCAGGUGGUUGUGUGCGUAAAUCCCCUUUGCAAUGUAUGAAAAAUACGUAUGCUAAUGGAAAAAAAGAUUGGUUCAUGAAAAUACCAAUCCUGAGAUUCCCUGUUAAUUCAAAAGCACAUUCGGCAGUGAGUGCUAUGAAUUGUGAAGGGGCUUGCAUGAAUGAUUGCUCUUGCACAGCUUAUGCUUAUAAUAGCAGCGGGUACAGCUGUAUGAUAUGGGAAGGAGCUCUUUUAAAUUUACAGCAACCCUCAGAUGGUGGCAAGGCUGGACAAGAUAUCUAUCUCAGACUUGCUGCUGAUGAGUAUCAAGAUACAAAAAAAUCAGGCAACAAGCGGAAAGUGUGGGUGAUUUUAGGAGUGCUGGUCACUGCAACCGCAAUCGGGCUUAUCUUAUUCCUCUCAAUUUGCUUUUCAAGGAAGCGAAAGCUCAAACACAAGCACAAAGGAGAGGAGACUUCAAGACAUGAUAUAUUGUUAUUUGAUUUCAGUACUGAACUUCAUGGAAUCAACGAUGGAACAAACACUAAAGAUAAUGUUAAUAUAAGAGGGAAGAAGGAUGGUGAGUUACCAAUGUUCAGUUACAAGAGUGUAUUAACUGCAACUAAUAAUUUCUCAGCUGUCAAUAAACUUGGACAAGGAGGUUUUGGACCAGUCUACAAGAUCCAACCAAGAAAAUGAUGUUAGAUUGGGGGACACGCAUACACAUUAUUGAAGGGAUUGCUCAAGGGCUUCUUUAUCUUCAUCAAUAUUCAAGGUUACGGAUCAUACAUAGAGAUCUAAAACCCAGUAACAUUCUAUUGGAUAGUGAAAUGAAUCCAAAAAUAUCAGAUUUUGGGAUGGCUAAAAUAGUUGGAGACAACGAAACACAAACAAACACACAUCGAAUUGUCGG